AUGCAUGUGAAGCAGCUUACCUCAGUGAUGAUCUCAGUAGGAUCUCCAAAUAUGAUACUGGUGAUGAAUAUCAGGUCUGAGUCCUGUUUCCCCGAUGUGAAGAUUAAGCCCACAAGAAAUGCCCAUGCCAAGGUGACUAGUGACCAAAAGGGAACCUUGCCACGGUUACACCAGAACACCCCCACUUCUGAGGCUUGUUUUAAAGAAAUGGAGUCCAUUGAUGAAUAUAUUAAGAGAAAAAAGAAAUAUUUUAAAGAACACAACUCCUUUAAUGAACUGAAGAAGCAGCCUGGCAAUAAGGGUGGGGUAAUAAUUCCAGUUCCUCCAAAAGGAAGACUCUCUGUGGCUUGUACAUCCAUCAGCCAGCAGUGCUCUAAAGGCCAAUCACAGGGCCUUGCAAUUCGGAGCACUAUUCAUCUGAAGGGGUCAGUCAAGCACUUUUCUCUCUCAGCAGCUAAAAUGAGUGUCAGGUUUUCAGCUGCUACUAAAGAUAAUGAGCAUAAACAUUCAGUGACCAAGACUCCACUUAAAAAGUUUCCACAUGUGACCACAUCUGGGAAAACCUCAGAAGGCCAUGCUGUGCUGGGGAUACCCAACUUAAAGACCAACAGAGGGAAUUCUGCUGCAGCAAAGCUGAAACCACGGGGGAAAUCUAAAGAAAAUAAUUCUCUGAAUGAACAUGUAAACAGAGUUACCUUCUACAAGAAAAUCUAUAAACAACCUUAUCUCCAGACCGAAAGAGCAAGGGAGGAGCAAGGGAAGAAACAGGAGCAAGAACAAAAGGAAAAGAAAGCAAAGGUUUUUGGAAGCUCAAAGGGGCUUUGUUAUGGUUAA